CUGCUCUUUACUCUGUUUCUAUUUUCACUCCCUCUCUCUCUCUCUCCCUCUCUCUCUCUGUUUUCCUCUGUCUCUCUCUCAGACCGUGGUCAUGGCUCGCUGCAGGAGUUACUUACGAGGUCUCGCCAUCUGUGUUACCGUGUUGCUACUGGCGUCUGGUGUCGUCAUGAUCGGCAUCGGCUUUUCCUCCAUCGAUGGCAACGUACCAGUCGCUGAGUUGUUUGACCAGUUGUCCAGCAGCGACGGUUUACUCGUCCUGCAGGCGUUUGGUCCAAUCACAGUGAUUUUGUCGCUUGUGGGCAUCUGCGCCGCGGCUAUGGACCUGAAACCUCUGCUGCUGGUGUUCUCUGCUCUGAUCUUCGUGGAGUUCGUGGCUCUCAUGGUCGUGGCGUCUCCACUGGUCCAGGUUCAGGCUCAGAUGGACAGCGCGGUGGACGAGGUCUUCCUGAACGUCACUCCUCUUCAUAAAGCAGAUCUUUACAUCCAGACAGAACUGAACAAACUCCAAACUUCAGACUCUUGUUGUGGUCUGAGGAGUUUUGAAGACUGGGACAAUCAACUUCCUGUUUCCUGCGUCUGUGCAACACCAACACCACCUGUGACCUCUGACCUCCAGCCAAGAUCUGAUUAUGGAGACUCUGAGAAUCUCUGUGUGAUGGUCGGCAGUGACCUUUACCCUCUGACCUCACAGGUCACAGAGAAGUUAUGGGUUCACUCCAAGCCCUGUGGUCCGAUCCUGAAGAGUUACCUGAGUUUCCCAAUCAAACUUAGGAUCGGAAUCAUCUCGGCCUUUGCCACCAUCGCGAUGGCGGCCAUCGCUCUGUGUCUGACUCUGGGUCUGGAGGAACACUGGAAGACGCCUCCGGUGGAAAUGACGGUCGACGACUUCAACAGAGUGAAAUAUCAACCCAAGCCCUCCCUCACCUGACCCCUGACCCCUGACCCCUCCUCCCUGCACUGAGGAUCGCAAUAAGUAUUUAGUAAAAACACAACGUCAAGUUUUUUAGUUAGUUAGUUUGACAGAUGAACUCGUUAGGGCGAGGUUUAGGUUAGCUUACCUAAGAGUUAAUAUGUGUAAGGUUAAGUUUGGUUUGGUUUAGGUUUAAGUUAGCUAAGAUGCAAGUUAGCUGUUGGCUUGGGUUAGGUUUAGCUUAGCUUAGAUGAGAGUUAGCUUAGGUUUAGCUUAGCUUAACUCUUAUGUUAACCUAAUUAAACCUACAUUUGGUUUAGGUUUAAGUUAGCUAAGAUGCAAGUUAGCUUACAUAGAGUUGGCUUCGGUUAGGUUUAGUUUAGCUUUUCUUAGAUGAGUUAGCUGAGCAAAGGUUACAUUUUUGUUAGCUUAGAAUAUAGCUAGCUAAACUAGGGCUAUAGUUAUGUUAGUUUAGUUGAGUUAUCUUAGGUUGAGUUGAGUUAUCUUAGGUUUAGUUGAGCUAGCUUAGGUUGAGUUAUCUUAGGUAUAGUUGAGCUAGCUUCGGUUUAGUUGAGUUAUCUUAGGUUUAGCCUCGAUGAGAGUUUAGGUGAAGUUAAUUUUAGGUAAGACAACAGUGAGCAAAGGAAAGGUUAGGUUAAUAAGUUAUGGUUAGUAAAGUGUGUGUUUGAGAUAACAUGAUAUUUCAAACAUGUAUAAACUCAUAACAUCACUGUAAAUGCAAAAAAAAGAAAAAGAGUUUAAUUUCUGAACUUCCUGUCAUCAUAGUAUCUCACAGCUCUGUGUGUGUGUGUGUGUGUGUGUGUGUGUGUGUGUGGUCUUUGGCCACAUGAUGGCAGCAGUGUGCAGCAUUAACAGUGUGAACAGCAUCAGAGAGAAAAGCUCUGUGCAUCUGUAUUUAUCUGUAUUCUGAACCACACUUUUACACUCAGUGGUCACUUUAUUAGGAACACCAACACAACAGGAAGUCUCCUGUUCUACCACGCCACAGCUAGAGGUCACUGUUACACCGGUUAUCUGACGACUUCUGCUGCUUCUCUGCAUAAUAUUAUUCAGAUUAUAAUAUUUAUUAUUUAAAAUGUUUACAUGUGACAGAAUAUAAUCUGAUUACAACUCACGUCUAUGUUUCACCCACUGCUGUGAAAACAAAUAACAUCAAUAGUCUGGUCUCGCUCUUAUCUAAGAUAACGUAACUCUGAGAUAAACUUACCUAAACUAGGCUAACUCUCAUCAAAGCUAAGCUAAAGGCAAGUUUAAGUUUGUCUUAGCUUUGAUCAGAUUUGAUUUAGGUUUAGUUUGGCUUACAUAAGCUUUAGUACAAUGUUGGGUCAGUUUACAGUUUACAGCGUAGGUUGUGUUAGGUUUAAAUUAGCUAUGACUUCAUGAAGAACAACAACAACACACAACAGUUACAGAAUAUAAUCUGAUUACAACUCGUGUCUAUGAAUACAAUUUAGGUCAGAAGUUAUCUUAGGUUUCGGUUAUCUUACAUUAGAGUUAGGUUUAGGUUAACUCACGUAAGAGUUAACUUAGGUUAUCUUUAGAUAAGCUUCCAUAAGAGUUAACCUAGGUUAGGUUUAAGUUAGCUAAGAGUUUAUUAGGAACACACAAUAAUUACAAAAUAUAAUCUGAUUAUAAUUCACGUCUAUGUUGCUGUGAAAACUGAGAUCAGUAAUCAGAUUUUAGAAGAUACACUGAUUGAUUGAUUGAUUGAUUGAUAUUAAGAGUCUAAAGUUUGUGUCUUGUUGUAAAUUAAAACAGAUUUUUAUUGAUCUUAAAAAAAAAUUCCGGGAGACAAAA